GAUCAACGUUGGAAUUGUUCUCCUUGGAUAUUUAAAAAACCCAUUUUACACAGAGGUUGCUACUGCAGCAACACGUGUUGGUUUAGCUUUGUGUGCUUCUUCUGAUGCACAAAUUCAGGGGCCUUUUCCAGCAGAGUUUGUUGUGAGAUCACAGGUCGGGAGGAUGACCGCUCGAGUGGAUUUCUCAUUGAUUGCUGCUUUGUGGUAUCUUUUUGGAUACUUGAGCAUAACUCAUGCUAUUCAAAGACAAAACACAGUGGAUGGUUUUUGUCCGGCGACGCUGACGUUCGUGCCGGCCCGUCGAGGAUGUUCUUCUGAUGAAGACUGCCCUGGAGGACACAAAUGCUGUCGAUUUGACUGUGGGCCUGUUUGUGUGCUGCCUGUUUUCAUGAAGCCGGGUCAGUGUCCCCUACCAGAGAUGAUUCCACUGUGUGCUGAAAGCUGUUUCCAUGAUGGCCAGUGUCCUGCCACACAGAAGUGUUGCCCAACCACCGGUGGCUUUGCAUGCAGUGAACCACGUGGUCAGGGAAGAGGACAGGGAAGCGGCCAGGGACAAGGACAGGGAAGCGGACAGGGAAGCGGCCAGGGACAAGGACAGGGAAGCGGCCAGGGACAAGGACAGGGAAGCGGUCAGGGACAAGGCCAGGGUCAGGGACAAGGCCAGGGACAGGGAAGCGGUCAGGGACAAGGCCAGGGAAGCGGCAAGGGCCAGGGACAGGGACAAGGCCAGGGAAGCGGACAGGGUCAGGGUCAGGGACAAGGCCAGGGUCAGGGACAGGGACAAGGCCAGGGAAGUGGACAGGGUCAGGGACAAGGCCAGGGAAGCGGACAGGGUCAGGGACAAGGUCAGGGACAAGGCCAGGGAAGUGGACAGGGUCAGGGACAAGGCCAGGGAAGCGGACAGGGUCAGGGACAAGGCCAGGGAAGCGGCCAGGGUCAGGGACAAGGCCAGGGAAGCGGCCAGGGUCAGGGACAAGGCCAGGGAAGCGGACAGGGUCAGGGACAGGGACAAGGUCAGGGACAAGGCCAGGGACAGGGACAAGGCCAGGGAAGCGGACAGGGUCAGGGUCAGGGACAAGGCCAGGGUCAGGGACAGGGACAAGGCCAGGGAAGUGGACAGGGUCAGGGACAAGGCCAGGGAAGCGGACAGGGUCAGGGACAAGGUCAGGGACAAGGCCAGGGAAGUGGACAGGGUCAGGGACAAGGCCAGGGAAGCGGACAGGGUCAGGGACAAGGCCAGGGAAGCGGCCAGGGUCAGGGACAAGGCCAGGGAAGCGGCCAGGGUCAGGGACAAGGCCAGGGUCAGGGACAAGGCCAGGGAAGCGGCCAGGGUCAGGGACAAGGCCAGGGUCAGGGACAAGGCCAGGGAAGCGGCCAGGGUCAGGGACAAGGC